AUGGCGGCGCUGGACAGUGACAGUGACGAGGAUCUGAUCAGCUAUGGAACGGGCCUGGAGCCUCUGGAGGAAGGUGAAAGACCAAAGAAACCCAUUCCUCUUCAAGACCAGACUGUCAGAGAUGAGAAAGGAAGGUACAAGCGGUUCCACGGAGCCUUUAGUGGUGGUUUCUCUGCUGGUUACUUCAAUACCGUCGGCUCAAAGGAAGGAUGGACACCCUCUACCUUUGUGUCUUCAAGACAGAACAGGGCAGACAAAUCUGCUCUUGGGCCUGAAGAUUUUAUGGAUGAAGAGGAUCUUAGUGAAUUUGGGAUAGCACCUAAAGCAAUUGUUACCACGGAUGAUUUUGCUUCCAAAACCAAAGACAGAAUACGGGAGAAGGCCAGGCAGCUGGCAGCUGCUGCAGCCCCUAUUCCUGGAGCCACGCUGCUUGAUGACCUCAUCACACCAGCAAAAUUGUCCGUGGGCUUUGAAUUGUUAAGAAAAAUGGGUUGGAAGGAAGGGCAAGGAGUCGGCCCUCGGGUGAAGAGAAAGGCUCGCCGACAGAAACCGGAUCCUGGUGUUAAGAUCUAUGGCUGUGCAUUGCCGCCUGGAGGCUCCGAAGAGUCUGAGGAUGAAGAUGAUGACUACUUGCCUGACAAUGUGACUUUUGCUCCUAAAGACGUCAUGCCUGUGGAUUUUACACCUAAAGAUAAUGUACAUGGGUUGGCCUACAAGGGCCUGGACCCCCACCAAGCAUUGUUUGGAAUGCCAGGAGAACACCUGAAUCUUUUUGGUGGAGCGUCUGAGGGGACCAGCCAUCUUCUUGGAGAUGUUGGACUGAGUAAAGGAAGAAAACUGGGCAUUUCUGGCCAGGCUUUUGGUGUAGGUGCCUUGGAAGAGGAAGAUGAUGACAUCUACGCCACAGAGACUCUAUCCAAGUAUGACACUGUGCUGAAGGACGAGGAGCCUGGAGAUGGCCUCUAUGGCUGGACAGCUCCCAAACAAUACAAAAAUCAGAAAGAAUCCGAGAGAGAUCUUCGAUAUGUUGGCAAAAUUUUGGAAGGAUUUUCCUUGGCUUCUAAACCUUUAUCUUCAAAGAAAAUUUACCCGCCCCCUCAGUUGCCCAGAGACUACCGACCGGUGCAUUACUUCAGACCUGUGGUCGCUGCAACGGCGGAGAAUGCUCAUGUGCUUCAGGUGUUAUCGGAGUCAUCUGGGAAAGCAGGGCAGGACGUGGGAAUGCACAGUAGGCAUCAACUCAAUGCCUCCAAGCGGGGGGAGCUGCUAGGAGAGACACCUGUUCAAGGGUCAGCUACUUCAGUGUUGGAGUUUCUGUCUCAAAAAGACAAAGAGAGAAUUAAAGAAGUGAAGCAGGCAACUGACCUGAAAGCUGCCCAAGCCAAGGCCAGGAGUCUGGCCCAGAGUGCUUCAAGCAGCAGAUCGAAGGCGUCCACACCAGACCUGGGGCACAGCUCAUGGCACCUGGCCCUGGGCGGAGGGACAGUCACCACCAGAGCCAGCAACUUCAAGCCUUUUGCCAAAGACCCAGAAAAGCAGAGACGAUAUGAAGAGUUCUUAGUACACAUGAAGAAGGGUCAGAAAGAUGCUCUGGAACGAUGCCUGGACCCCAGCAUGACCGAGUGGGAGCGAAGCCGAGAGCGUGAAGAGUUUGCCCGGGCAGCCCAGCUCUAUGUAUCCUCCAACUCCACCCUCUCCUCCAGGUUCACUCACGCCAAGGAGGAGGAGGAUUCAGAUCAAGUCGAAGUUCCUCGGGACCAAGAGAAUGACGUCAGUGACAAGCAGUCAGCUGUGAAGAUGAAGAUGUUUGGGAAGCUCACCCGAGACACAUUUGAGUGGCACCCCGACAAGCUUCUGUGUAAGAGGUUUAACGUCCCUGACCCUUAUCCAGGCUCAGCUUUAGUUGGCUUACCCCGAGUGAAGAGGGAUAAAUACUCAGUCUUCAACUUCCUGACGCUCCCAGAGCCUGCCCCUCUGCCCACAGCUCCAGUACCAAGUGAAAAAGUCCCGCAGCAUCGGGGUCCAGACAAAUCCAGGAAACCAUCACGAUGGGACACAGCGAAACAGGAGAAGAAAGAGGAUUCCAUUAGCGAGUUUUUAAGUCAAGCUAGAUCAAAAGUUGGACCUCCAAAACAAGAAUCCAAUGCCUUAGGAAGCAAAGAGGAACAGACCCCAGAGCCACGCCCAGACACGACUGUAGACAAAGCUGUGGAUGCACAGAUGGACAGGGAAGGUAGCCGCCCUUCCAUGGAUUUAUUCAAAGCCAUCUUCGCCAGUUCCUCUGAUGAAAAGUCCUCAUCUUCGGAGGAGGAGCAAGAUGACAGUGAGGACAGCCAAGAGCUCCGCCAGCCUGAGGAGGCCAGCCUUAAAGGCUCCCAGGAGGCCGCCGCUGGAGAGACCUCUGCGGUCCUUGCUGCUGAGCCGGAGCCUUGUGAGCCUGCAACCCCCUUCCCCAUCCAAAAGGUACAGAUUGACGAACGGGAAGAGUUCGGGCCUCGGCUGCCUCCUGUCUUCUGCCCCAACUCUCGCCAGAAACUCGAGAUACCUCAAAAAGAGAAACCCAAGAAGAGCAAAGAAAGACACAAGAGCAAGAAGGAACACAGAAGAAAGAGAGAGAAGAAAAAGAAACAUAAGAAACACAAACACAAAAGUAAGCAAAAGAAUAAGAAAUUGGAAAAAAAUAGCAGUUCUGAGAGUACAGACAGCAGUGACAGCGGGAGCGAUGCAGGAGGGCCAGCAGAGCUGUCCCCUCAGGAGCUGCUGAGAAGACUGAAGUGUCUCCCCCUAAGAAGGCAGUGAUGGAGCCCUGCCCUGGCCUGUCUCAGUCUGGAGGUUCCUCUAUGCUGCACGUCUGUUGAUUUCCCAGUUCGACAUUGUACAGAUUGUAUUUAUAUGUAAAUUCCUUCUGUAAAAUAAUUUUUUAAACCUUGACAUUUCAAAGGCUGCCCUGAAAGGUUGCAGAAAUUGAUUUCUAUUUUUAACUUCAGUUCAUGUUAGAGGGAUAAAAGACUGAACAGUUUAAUUAA